CCCCCCCCUUUCCGCGCGCGUGGGGACAGCAAGGAAGGGGGUGGUGACACAAGCCCAACGCCCCUCCCCCAGUUACUGUUAGUCGCUGCGUUUGCGCCCCGCGGCCACCUCACCUGCCUUCCCCCAGCCCGGCCCGGCCCGGAGCCUGCCUGCCUUUCCCCUCCCCUUGGCCCGGCGCCUGCCCCUCCUCCCAGCCAGUGUGUCCCGCUGGCUGCGCCGGAGCCCCGUGUAUGUGCGGCAACAACAUGUCCGCGCCGCUCCCCGCCAUCGUCCCGGCCGCCAGGAAAGCAACCGCCGCGGUCAUAUUUCUUCAUGGAUUGGGAGAUACUGGACAUGGCUGGGCAGAUGCAUUUGCAGGUAUCAGAAGUCCACAUGUAAAAUAUAUUUGUCCGCAUGCGCCAAUAAUGCCAGUGUCUCUAAACAUGAAUAUGGCCAUGCCAUCUUGGUUUGAUAUUAUUGGACUCUCGCCUGAUGCACAGGAAGAUGAAGCUGGGAUCAAGCAGGCAGCAGAGAAUGUUAAAGUACUGAUAGAUCAGGAAGUGAAGAAUGGGAUUCCUUCUAACAGAAUAAUAUUGGGAGGCUUUUCUCAGGGAGGUGCUUUGUCUUUGUAUACAGCUCUUACAACACAUCAGAAAUUAGCAGGUGUCAUAGCACUCAGUUGUUGGCUUCCUCUACGGAUCUCUUUUCCACAGGGCACUAUCAGUGGUACAAACAAAGAUAUUCCUGUUCUUCAGUGCCAUGGGGACUGUGACCCAUUGGUUCCUCUAAUGUUUGGUUCUCUCACUGUUGAGAAGCUAAAGAAUCUGAUCAAUCCAGCUAAUGUAACCUUCAAGACUUACUCAGGCAUGAUGCAUAGCUCAUGUAUUGAGGAAAUGAUGGAUGUAAAGGAAUUUGUUGACAAACAUUUACCGCCAGUUGAUUGACAAGAUUUGAGAUGCCUUCUAUAUAAAAACACCAGCAUCAACUGUGGUAGAAUGUUAAUCUGUUCACAUGCCCAAUUGAAAAACUUUAUUUCUACACUUGCAGUUUUACUACUGGUAUAUUGUAAAUGCAUACCAAGAAAAGGACUAAGUAGCAUAUUUCACAAAAAAUGGUAAUCUUUCAAGUAAAUCAUAUGGACUGGAUUAUAAGAAUGAAACAGCUAGAUAGCAUGUCAGAAUGUAUUUGAGUGCUAUUUUAAGGUGUUUCUGAUUUUUGCACCAUUUUUAAAGCAGUCAUAUAGCUAAUUCAACAAUCAUUUUGGUUAAUGAGCAGUUUAAAUAAUGACCAAAUUGGUAUGCUUGAGAUAUGAUGUAUUCUUAAUACUUGUUGAAAGUAUAUUGAGACAUCCUGUCAUAUAUCUUGUACAUAAAGUAUGCAACAUGUAAAACACAAGAGGCAUGUAAUGGUGGAAUUAGUGAGGAUAAAGCUUUAAAUGAUUUAAACAUGGGUACUGCAUGUGAGAGGCUAUUUCUCUUACCUACAAAUUAAUACAUACCAGUGACUCUCAUUAUAGCAUUUAUUCCAAUCUAGUUUUUAACCUUAAGGUUGCCUUUUUAAAAAAGUAUCUGAUGUCAGGAAAGAAAACACUCACUAUCUCCCUAAAAAUGGGUUGACAACACAGAAACUGAGAGGCCCCAGGUGUAUGUAAUUAGACCAGAAUUAACAGCUCUUUGCAGUUCAGUGAUAGCUUACAUUUAUUAGUGUAAAUUGAUCUCAAAAGCUGACUCAUGAAACAGCUUUUGAAAAAUACAUAGAACAUUUCCAUAGUAUAAUUUUAAGAUUCUUGCUUUCAUGUUGCAUAUUUCUCCCACACUUGAACCCUCAUGGGUUUAGUCUUGUGUAUCUUGCUAAUUUUUUGUAGAAAUAUUGACAAUGUGUUUUACAUAGGCAAUUUAAGUAUCUUGUUUUGUUUUAUUAUAUUUUAUUUUGCUUUGUUCCAGAGUAAUCAACUGGAAAAGCAAUGCAGAUGUUGCACACAAAUUAUGGGUUUUGUUGAACAGGCUCAUCUACAACACUGGUAUUAGCUGAUUUUUUUUUAUUUCCUAAAUGCUGUAGUGUGAAUGUAAUAUGGAACUGAAAUGGUUUAGCCAUUAUAGUGAGGAACUACCAGCUGUUUUUAUUUAUCUUUACUGCAUGUUCAUCUUGGGACUUCAGCUUGUCUAAUAGGAAAAUGACAUGUAUGACUUUCAACAUGUAGAUGUGCUUUAGUCUUCUCUAAUACCCUGGAAUAUUCUAAGAAUAUGAAAAUGGGUCUUAACAAAUGUCUGAAACAAAGAAUUCUUGCUCUUGAAAGUUAUAAUUUUGGGAAUUCAUGGAAGUACAGCAAUAAAUUUACAUGGUGUCCUGCUAAUAGAAAACCAGAAAUGAGAGAGCUGUUUGCAGAAAGAUUAACUGGAUGAUCAAUAUAGGAAUCCUUCCUAGCUUACUUGAUAGUAUUUUGAUCAAUCAAGUUUUAAAUGUCUGAUGUUGCAGUGUACCCAACGCAAACUUAUUUCAGAUAGCUGAAAUGUGGAAAAGAAAAAUUCAGGCUAUUAGAAGACUCUCAUGCCUGCUUCUUGGCCAAUACGCACGUUUUAACUUUAAAUGCUUUCUCGUAAGUCACUCCUCUUGUCCCUAACCACUCUUCUCUAGACAUUCUCUAGUUCAUUUUUCCUGGUGAUGUGGUGCCCAGAGGAGUACCAUUUUCCUGUUUUCAUCACCAUAAAAUUGUACUGAGAAGAGUUAUACCUCUUAGCUUAAAGCCUUGGUCCCAAAACUAUACCGGCUCCUGUUACAGUCAUUUCACAUUGCAAACUCGUGUAACUUGCUUACCACUAUAAUCACUAAUUUUUACAUUGUAAUUGCUGCUUGGCUCUUUUCCUGUCAUGUGUUGAAUGACUUCUCUAUAAACUUGUGUCCUCAAAGAUUAUCUGUACAUGUUUCUGAUCUCCAAGUCCUUCCCUGUUAUUUCCCUGUAUUGCUUACGAUACCUUAAGUUUAGAAUGUUAACUUCAUGAACGUGCUGUUUUUCCUCGUCCAGAUCAUUAACAAAGAUAUUAAAAUGAGACUAGUUUUA